CACACGGACACUCCCCUCACUUACCCCAGCACACCAAUUUCUCCCUUAGCUGUCUCUGUAUCAAGGCUCUCUCUAAUAUAGACGAAGGUCACCAACAACAAAACUUCUACUUGCCUAAUGAACGUGGUAAUUUUACUCCUCAAAACAUUAACGCCUUAAUUACAAUUUGGCAUAUCCUCCGUCUCUUUCCUGUUUAUCAUACAAAAAGGAUUUCCAUAUUUGAUGGGCAUUCACUGGUUAAAUGGUCAUGGUCAUAAGUUUUGGGAGGUUUCGACAUUUAAUUGAAGGAUAUAGAACGAGAGGAUUUUACUAGUAUUGGACCCACAUGCGGAUUCUGGGUUGUGUUUGUUAGUUGAUUGUCACUUGCUCUGUUCUUGAAUUGUACAAGGGAAUCUUGCUGGCUUUUUUGGGGCUGUUUAUGAUGGAUUGCGUAUCAUACUUGAAGGUUCUGACUCAAAACGGUGGAUUCAAAGGGUUGAGGUUUUUGCAGUUUACCUGGCAUGGUAAGUCUCUGGUUCAGUUUCUAUGUGGUUUUAGGGGGGAAUCGAGUGAUCCUAAAAAUGGAUUUUGUUCAAAAUUGGAUUUUGAUCAACUGUGUGAUACAAAGAUUCCGUCUUGCUUGGAGAAUUCAAAAGCAAAAAAUGAGGACAGUUCAAUGAUGAGAAAAGAAGUUGUGAACGAUGGUGUUCUUGACGAUGAUGAUUGUGAAAGAGAUUAUAGUGUUGAAGAUGAGGAAUAUGAUGUGACGGCACUGAGGAGAUUGGUCAAGAUUGAGAGACUGAGAGCAGAACUGGCUCAUGCAGAACUUGAAAAGGAGAGAAUGGCUUCUGCAUCAGCUGCUAAUGAGGCUAUGGCAAUGAUUUUAAGGCUUCAGAAUGAAAAGAGUUCAACGGAGAUCGAAGCCAAACAGUAUCGCCAAUUGGCAGAACAGAAACAAGAAUUUCUUCAAGAAGUGAUUGAAUCAUUGCAAUGGGACAUAAUCAAUCUCGAGCAUGAAAGGAGUGAAAUGGAGGAGAAUUUGAGACUGUACAGAGAAAAGCUGAGGCAGUAUGUGAAGAGUGAUGAAGUGGAUCAAUUUGAAGCGUCUGGUGCAAGGAUGAACUAUCUUCGUUCCGCCAUGGAAGAUGGUAUUGAAGAUGUGCCGAAUCUAUCUCUUGACAACAUGGACUCUUCAGUUCUCUGAGUUCUUGAUGGCACCUUGAAUAAUUGGUUAGUGCAGGUUUUCACUGACUUGUAUUGAGUUGAUCAGGGUGAAAUAAGCCCUUUUGUAGAAAUGGUACAUGUACUGGAAAGCAUUUACAAUACACUUCUAUUACAUCUGUAUUUUCUUAUUGUCUUUGGAUUCAAUGUAUUCGUGUAAUUCUGUAAAUGCAUUUCAUGGAAGCACUCGAUCGUGUUAGACAAUCUGGGGUAAAUACAUUUCACUGUCUUUUCAUCUA